CCGGGCCGGGGCGGAGGAGCGGGCGGGAGCGAAGGUCGCCGUCGUCGCGCUCGGACCUUCGCCGAGGGGCCGCGGCGUCAUGACGGUGGGAACCAGGCUCCGCAGCAAGGCGGCCCCGCGCCGCGGGCCCCGAGUUCGAGGGCGGGCGGAGGGGGACGAGGAGGCGGCGCCCAUCCUGGAGCACCUGGAGUGCGGGGACCUGGAGCACCCCGAGUGCGGGGACCUGGAGCACCCCGAGUGCGGGGACCGGGCGGCGCGCGGGCGGCGCGCGGGGGGCCGGAGCGCGCGGAAGGUGCACCUCGCCGUCCUGCCCGAGCGCUACGAGCCGCUGGAGGAGCCCGCCCCGGGCGACAAGCCCAAGCGGAGGUACCGGCAGAAGCUGAAGAAGUACGGCAAGAACGUCGGGAAGGUCAUCACCAAAGGAUGCCGCUACGUGGUCAUCGGCCUGCAAGGCUUCGCCGCGGCCUACGCCGCCCCGUUCGCGGUGGCCACCAGCGUGGUGUCCUUCGUGCGCUGAGCUGACGGGAGCCGCUCGGCCGCGCCGGGAGUGGUGGCGCCCCGGCCCCCGGACGGUGCGAACCCAGCAGCGUCUCAGACUGGAACUCACAGCAGGCUUGCAGGAGAAAAAAUGGCUUUCUUUGCCGAACCAGACGCGUGUCAUGAAUGAGUCACCCCCGCCCCAUCUGCUGAGCUUUUCACAACACGUGUGGAUCCCAUGGUCAACCCCGCAGAGAAUUAGGCCAAGGUGGGGUUUGGGCUUUGAGUCGGUUCGCCAAAGCCUGAGCCUUCGGGUGGAGGUGGCAGGUGCCGGGUGGAGGCCAACACAUGACAGAUUCGAGCGUGGGGAGCAGAGUGGGGAGCAGAGUGGUGACCGCGACGGGGAAAAGAGGAUGUUGACCUCGGGUGAUUUGCUGUAUCCUUCCAGAAGGUCACAAGCUGGCGGGCACUCACAGCCCCUGGCUGCCUCUGUUCCGAUGGCAGCUAAGGAGCUGUUUAUGUCCCAAGUUGUCCUCCCCCAUCUCCUUCCUCCGCCACUCUGUCACCAGGAGUUUAAUUACAGGCUUGAGAAGAAGGAAGGAAGACAAAACCUCUUUGAAGGCUAGGAUGCUUUGAAAACUGUGUUGAAAGUGUGUCGUGACUGUUGAGAGUAGAUGAAAGCUUGUCACUUUCCCCAUCCUUGCAUGGCCGUGCAGCUGGCAAGGAGGAGGAAGGGCAGGUUCAGAUGCGGGCUGGGGGGCUGACACUCCUGAGGGCUCUGGUGCCUGGUGUGGCCCAGUUUGGCCCAGCCGUGACUUUGGGGCCAGCCAGACUGUCCUGCAAGGGCACGGGGGCUUUGGUGGGGACACCUAGCAGCAUCUGCCCACUCCUGACAGCUGCGUGCUAGCAGGGGCUGAGAGAGACAGAGAGAGAGAGAACAUCUGGGAAUGAAAGUGUGAUGUAGAGAAGGAACCAGUAAGUAGGAGACAGGUGUGGAGAAAGUGGAAACAAGGCCAGAGGACGUUGGGGGCAAGAGGUGGCAGUACAGGAGGCAGGUCUGGAGCGUCACUGUUGGGGAGCUCUGGUGGGCUGGGCCUGUGCCUCUAGGUGGGGCCAGGGGACCUGGGUGGCCAGAAGGGCCAAGGCUGGUGCUUAAACCCCCUCUGAGGCCACGGGCUCACACUGGCUGCCUUUGUAGCUUCCUUUCCUCGUCUAUGCUGGCUGGUCUGAUCUCAUCGCACCUGGCCUCAAAGGUUAGCACGGGCAUGGGUCCCAGGCCUGCCACCCCCCAGGGAUGACCCAUGGACAGCCACUGGACAGAUGAAGGAAAGAGCAGGUCCCUCACCCCGUGCCCCUCUGCCAGCCCCACCGUAGGCCACUGUUCUGACUUUAUGUUCAGCAUGUCCAGAAGUCCAGAGUGGUUUUUGCUGAGCAGUCGGCAGGGUUGGCGGCCACACCUGCCUGUCAUCGGGUAGGUGGGAGGGAGGCCACAAAACUCAUGCUGCUUUCAUCAAGCCCAACUAGACGGUGCUGGAAGGGGGAGAAGGUAGCCGGACAGAUGGACAGAGGGACAGAAAAAGGAAUGGGAGGAGGAGAAGGUUGUAGCUGGGAAGCUAGACUUAGCUUUGCUUUCUGAAGCUUCAACUUCAUGUUGAAGAGAAACUGGAACCCAAUUCUUGCAUCAUUAAUAUUUGAGGAAAAGAGAAAACAGGUGAUUUUGUUUUAGCACAAGGCAUGAAAGUUGAUCAUGGCAUGUGUCCACACAUGUGAGGUAUCUACAGCUUGCCCCGCACGCUGGGGGUCGGGGAAAAGCAGAGAGAGACACAAGUGGGAGAAGCAGCCAUGCACAGUUAGUGGGGAAGAGAGUCAGGCACCAUGGGGGCUGCCAGUCUCAGGAAAUGACAACAGGAGGUUUGGAGGACACCCUCCCCUGUGACCUGGGGGUGCUGUCGAGCCCCAAGGAGCUCACAGACUCCCUGUGGGGACAUGGAAGGGGACCCAGGGAAGGAACCAGAGCUGCUGAGGCCUUUUUCUUGCCUGGGAGUCUGUCUAAAAAAGAGCUUCCCCCACCCCAUCCCCCAAAUUGGAAAAACUGUACCGUCCGGCAUAUUUGGCCCUGAAAUUCUUAAUAUGUGGUUAAGCAUCAACCCAGAAAUGUCCAAAGUCAAAACCUUGCAGGGAUUAUCCCGGGAGUCAGGUUCAUGGGUACAGAAGAUGAACUUCAAACUGUCACUCGCCCGAGUCAUCAUUUCUCCUGUGAGGCUGCUGUGUUUUUCUCUUUCUUUGUUCCUUGAGCUUAAGAACUUGGAUCCUGUCUCAGUUUACCUUUUUACCUCUUCUUCAUCUUUAACUUUUUUUUUUAAAUAUCAGGGCCCCACACCCUACUGAGAAUCGAGUUGUAGGGCUUUCCCAUUCUGCACUUGACAGAGAGACUUCUUUUGUAUCCUUUCUUUCCCUAUUAUGUAAAUAAAGGCCCCGGUUUGUUUAGUGUU